AUGACCUACUCCCGCGACAAUUACGCGUUCGACGAUCCUUGUAGAAAGUCAACGAGAACUUCGUCCAGCUCGGGCGAUGACACCAAAAGCCCGUCUUCGGAGAGCGACGUGGAUAUGUCAAAGCCGUUCUUCAAUCCUGCCGGUCAGUUUUUUAUUGGACCUGUUCCAUCUGAACCCUUUUCUCUUUUCCAGGUCUCAACUGGUUCGUGACGGGUCUUUUCGUGGUCGGAGAUCUCGCCGGUGGUGGUAUUGUGGCGUUGCCGACGGCGAUCAUUCAAGCCGGUCAGUUCGUCAUUUUCCACUUGGCAAAUAGAUGUGAAACAAGUGUAAUCCUUUCUUUCUCUCUGCUCGACGCAAAAAAUGCGCCAUCGGAGCAUAAAUGAUAGCGGCCGUCAAUAACGGUUCCGGCUCCCUAGUCGUCACGUUGCGCGUCUUAUCGGCGUGUCCCGACACAUAUCUUCUCGGCGAAUAUGAAAAUGCGAUAAGGGAAACAAGUGGCGACUUUUGUGCUCCACACGUCAGGCACAAAAUGGACAAAGUUCGAUUUCAGAAUUCUGGACGGGGCUCAUCGUAUGUGUGAUUCUCAUCGCCGUCGUCACUUACACCGCCUACGUCCUGGGACUCAGUUGGAACAUCCUUUUGAGCACAUGGCCCGAAUACAGACAUCACUGCCGGAAACCGUACCCAGAGAUCGGAGGAAGAGCCAUGGGACCUACUUGCAAGUACGUCUUCUUCUUCCCCUCCAUUCAUCCAUUCUAUUGUGUUCAGAUUGCUAGUCUCUCUUUGCAUCGACGUCACUCAGUUCGGAAUCUCGGUCGUCUACCUGCUUCUAGCCUCGAAGAACAUUCAGAACAUGAUCAUUGUGAGUUGGUCUCUCUCCGAUCACCGAAACAGUCUGUGACCGAUCGCUUUGCAGGCUUUCUCCGGGGGCAACCUCUCCUUCUGUGUGCUCGUUCUCAUCGUCGCCGCAUGCCUUCUUCCGCUCUGCUUCCUCAAAUCGCCUCAGGAUUUCUGGUAAGUCUAAGCGGAUUAGACACAUUUUAAAGUUUCAUCAUAUUGUUCCGUCACUUAUUAAACUGGGCCUAAUAAGAUAAUUUCUUUAGUAGGAUUGAAAUUGGUGAGAUAGAGAAAGAAAGAGAGCAGAGAGACAGACAAAAAGUGCACCGGAUAGGAGUUUGCGGCGACUUUAAUGAUGGGUCAUAAAGUUGGAAUGGUGAUGUGAAACAUUGGUAAACCAAUAAUUAGACACUGAUUUCCGAGAAGGGACGUUUCGAAAUGAACUUUCAGGUGGGCCGUCGUGAUCGCCAUGAUGACGACCUCCGCAGCCGUGAUCCUCAUCAUCACCGGAUCCAUCAUCGACUGGCCCACGUGCUCCAACAUCAAACAGAUGCCCCCGUUCCGGAUUACCAACCUCUUCCUGUCCAUGGGAACUCUUCUCUUCUCCGUCGGCGGUCACUCUGCGUUCCCCACAAUCCAGCACGACAUGAAACAGCCGAAGGAGUUCACCAAGUCGGUCAUGCUCGCCUUCACCAGUAAGAAUAGGAAUCAGAGAGCUCCCGUCUGUAGAGUAACUUCUACUUUUCCAGUCAUGGCCUUCAUGUACAUCCCCGUCUGUAUCAUGGGAUACAUUGUCUACGGUGACUCCCUCCGCGACUCCAUCAUCCCGUCCAUCCAGACCGUCUGGAUCCAGCAGGCCAUCAACAUUCUCAUUACCGUCCACUGCAUUCUCACCCUCACCAUCGUCUUCAAUCCGUUGAUGCAAGAAGUCGAGGAUCUGUUCAAGGUGCCGCAAAAGUUCGGAGUCCAACGUGUGCUCGUCCGCACCGGAAUCAUGAUCGCCGUCGUGUUUGUCGCCGAAUCGGUGCCCACCUUCGGACCGCUUCUCGAUCUGGUCGGUGGUUCCACUCUCACUCUCACUUCUGUCAUUCUGCCCUGCCUCUUCUACCUCUAUCUUGCCGCUUACAAGAAAAAGGAGGAAGUGACUGGAAAGCCAGGGACGGAACCGGCGACCUGGAGGGAUGUGCUCAAGUACAACAACAAACCGACCCUUUACGUUUGCAUUACGAUCAUUGGUAAGUUUAUCGAAGUGACUUGUGGUUGUGCAUGGAGAAAACUUUCAGUGAUCGGACUGAUUGGAGGAGGAUGUGCUACCUUCUCUGCAAUUGUGGAGCUCACAACUACAAACUUCCAGAUGCCCUGCUACGUGUCCGCCUUCCAACACGUAAGAUAUUGUCUCUCCACUCUUUUCCCUCAACUUUCUGGUUCCAGAAGAAUCACAAUGCUUCGGCAGCGCAGACGAAUUGCUGCGGGCCGUUCCAGAACAUUUCCAUCUUCCACGACGUCUCCAAAUGCAGUACCGCGAAUCUCAAAUUCUAUCUCUAA